CAUCUUGUCCCCCACAGCCCUGGCCUCAGAAACUCCCUGAGGAAGAUGAGUCCUGAGCCAGAGUCCCUUUCCCAUAGACAGCUGACUUGGGCAGAUGGGCUUUGAGGCAUAGCAGGGAGAGGAGCCUGGAUCUGGAAGUCUAAGGAACAAGGCUUCUUUUUCCUUCUUUGAAAGACCCAAGAGAGGCACAGUCUCCCAUCCCCCAGCCUCCCUGGAGCAGAAGGACCUUCAUCUGUCUACCUGGAGCCUUCUUCCCUCCCCCCAUUUAUGCCCAGAUCUGCUUUCCCAUCCUAUUUUGGGUCCCCACGCCUAACCAUAGCCAUUGAUUCUACCAGGUGUUCCUGAGAGUUCCAUACUCUGCUGAUCUUCUGCAUCUCACGGGGAAAGAUCUGGACUGCUAUGAAAUUUAUCUUUUAUUUGGGUGUCCUUGCUGGGACAGUUUUCUCUACUCACGCAUCUGUGCAGAAAGACGACCAUGCUCCCUACUUGGUAUACCUCAAGUCGCACUUCAACCCCUGUGUGGGUGUCCUCAUCAAAAACAACUGGGUGUUGGCCCCAGCUCACUGCUACUUACCAAACCUGAAAGUGAUGCUGGGAAAUUUCAGGAUCAGAGUCAGAGAUGGCACAGAGCAGACAAUUAACCCCAUUCAGAUUAUCCGCUACUGGAACUACAGCCAUAGCGCUCCCCAGGAUGACCUCAUGCUCAUUAAGCUGGCUAAGCCUGCCAACUUCAACAACAAAGUCCAGCCACUUUCCCUCGCCACCAGCAAUGUCCGGCCAGGCACUGUCUGUCUGCUCUCAGGUUUGGACUGGAGCCAAGAUAACAAUGGCAGGCAUCCUGAUUUAAGGCAGAACCUGGAGGCUCCUGUGAUGUCUGAUAAAGAGUGCCAGAAAACUGAACAAGGAAAAAGCCAUAGGAACUCCUUAUGCGUGAAAUUUGUGAAAGUGUUCAGCCGAAUUUUUGGGGAGGUGGCCGUCGCUACUGUCAUCUGCAAAAACAAGCUCCAGGGAAUCGAGGUCGGUCACUUCAUGGGAGGGGAUGUCGGAAUCUACACCAAUGUUCACAAAUAUACCUCCUGGAUCGAGAACAUCACUAAGGAUAAAUGACACCCUUCUACGCUCUCUGUAUCCCACUGGCUCUAGUCAUUGACUAUACAGGCCACUAUUUUCUCCAAACUCAAAAUAAAAAUCUCCAAACAGAAAUGCAUUACA